GUGCCAUCGUUCCUCUCUUCCGGUAGCGGGCAGCCCGGGCACAGAGGGCGGUCGCGGCGGUCGCGGCGGGCAGCGGCGGCGGCAGCGGCAGGUGAGCGGCAGAAUGUUGGCUACCAGAGUGUUCAGCCUGAUUGGCAAGCGGGCGAUCUCCACCUCCGUGUGUGUUCGAGCCCAUGGAAGCGUCGUGAAGAGCGAUGACUUUGCCCUCCCGAGCUACGUGGACAGGCGCGACUACCCCCUGCCCGACGUGCUGCACGUCAAGAACCUGUCUGCCAGCCAGAAGGCCUUGAAGGAGAAGGAGAAGGCCCCCUGGAGCAGCCUGUCCAUCGAUGAGAAAGUCGAACUUUACCGCAUCAAGUUCAAUGAGAGCUUUGCUGAGAUGAACCGGAGCACGAACGAGUGGAAGACGGUUGUGGGCACCGCCCUGUUCUUCAUCGGCUUCACCGCUCUCAUCCUCAUCUGGGAGAAGCACUACGUGUACGGCCCCAUCCCGCACACCUUCGAGGAGGAGUGGGUGGCCAAGCAGACCAAGAGGAUGCUGGACAUGAAGGUCGGCCCGAUCCAGGGCUUCUCGGCCAAGUGGGACUACGACAAGAACGAGUGGAAGAAAUAGGAGCGCGCCACCCCCCACCUGAGCCUCGCCUCGUGCCGCCUCCUCCACGCAGCUCCGCGCCUCCCGGAACCUGUGAUCUCGCGGUGCCCAUGCUAAUAAACGAGCAGUUUACGUGA